AUGGAAGAGACUCCCCCAAAGAGACAUACAAUCAUUGUUGACAGAGGACUAGCCAGUGGUGGCCAGCGUGCGCACGGGCUCAACCGAGUGCUCCUUAUGGAGAAGAUUUUGCGAGAGAAGGUACUUGAUAGCCAGUAUUGGCAUGUGAAGGCGUCGCAGCUCCAGUUCUAUGGAUUGUUGAAGGAGUGUGUCUUACACGUGGGUUGCGUUGGAACUUAUGAGAAUUCGGCCAAGACGAAAACAACCAAGUUUGUAGCAUUGUUAUUACGGUUAUUACAACUUGCCGAGAUCCCCAAGGAUGUUGUCGAAUGGCUGGUUGUUGGAGACCACGGACACGUUUAUCUUUCGGUACUGUUUAUGGUGUAUGUGAGACUCGUAUUUGAGGACAGUGCGGAAAUUUGGAAAUUGUUGGAGAGAAAAUACAACGAAUAUGACAAAGUACGAUACAUUGAGAAUGGCAGAGUUACAGAUCGACACAUUGACGAGAUAGCCGAUGGACUCCUAAUGGAGUCGCAUUUCGUAGACAUGACGCUUCCACGGCUUGUGAGGCGGUGGGUGCUAGAGGAGAAGGGGCAACUAGAAGAGAGGGAGAGUCUACUGGCGGACGAGUUUGAAGAGAUGGUUGAGAAGCUCGAGCAAGAGGAGCAACAGAAAGAAUCUUGA